CCGGCUGUCCCGACCUCGCCCCGACUUCGCGGGCGUCCUCCUCCCGGGCUGAUCAUUAACCCGGAGGCCUUAUAAGGACCCAGUGGCCUCGGAGGGAGGGACACCUGGUCUCCACCGCAGCCAUGGACACUACCACCUGGAGCCCCACGACCGCCGUCACCGAGGCGCCCUUCGCGCCCCACGAGCGCAUCCGCAAUGCGGCCGACAUCUCCGUCAUCGUCAUCUACUUCGUGGUGGUGAUGGCUGUCGGGCUGUGGGCUAUGUUUUCUACUAACCGUGGGACCGUUGGAGGCUUCUUCCUGGCAGGACGAAGUAUGGUGUGGUGGCCGAUUGGAGCUUCUCUCUUCGCCAGUAACAUCGGAAGUGGCCACUUUGUGGGGCUGGCCGGGACGGGAGCAGCUGCAGGCAUCGCCACCGGGGGCUUUGAAUGGAAUGCCCUGAUUUUUGUGGUUGUGCUGGGCUGGAUAUUUGUCCCUAUUUACAUCAAGGCUGGGGUGGUGACAAUGCCAGAGUACCUGAGGAAGCGAUUUGGAGGCAAACGAAUCCAGAUAUACCUCUCCGUCCUGUCCCUGUUGCUCUACAUUUUUACCAAGAUCUCGGCAGACAUCUUCUCUGGGGCCAUCUUCAUCAACUUGGCCUUGGGCCUGGAUCUGUACCUGGCCAUCUUUCUCUUAUUGGCAAUCACUGGCAUUUACACAAUCACAGGGGGCCUGGCGGCUGUGAUUUACACGGACACCUUGCAGACGGCCAUCAUGCUCAUAGGGUCUUUCAUCCUGACCGGGUUUGCUUUUAAUGAAGUGGGAGGGUAUGAGGCCUUCAUGGAAAAGUACAUGAACGCCAUUCCGACCAAAGUUUCUGAUGGAAACAUCACCAUCAAUAAGGAAUGCUACAUGCCCAGGAACGACUCCUUCCACAUCUUCCGAGACCCCCUCAAGGGAGACCUGCCGUGGCCCGGGCUCAUCUUUGGGCUGUCCAUCCUCGCCCUGUGGUACUGGUGCACAGAUCAGGUCAUUGUGCAGCGCUGCCUGUCAGCCAAAAACAUGUCUCACGUGAAGGCGGGCUGCGUGAUGUGUGGGUACCUAAAGCUGCUGCCCAUGUUCCUCAUGGUGAUGCCAGGAAUGAUCAGCCGCAUCCUGUACACAGAUAAAAUUGCCUGUGUUCUCCCCUCGGAAUGUGAGAAAUAUUGCGGCACCAAGGUUGGCUGUACCAACAUCGCCUACCCGACCAUGGUGGUGGAGCUCAUGCCCAAUGGGCUUCGAGGCCUGAUGCUGUCAGUCAUGUUGGCGUCUCUCAUGAGCUCCCUGACCUCCAUCUUCAACAGCGCCAGCACCCUCUUCACCAUGGACAUCUACACCAAGAUCCGGAAGACAGCAACGGAGAAAGAGCUCAUGCUUGCAGGAAGAGUGUUCAUCCUGGUGCUGAUUGGCAUCAGCAUCGCCUGGGUGCCCAUCGUACAGUCAGCACAAAGUGGGCAGCUCUUCGAUUACAUCCAAUCCAUCACCAGUUACUUGGGACCCCCCAUCGCAGCUGUCUUCCUGCUUGCUGUCUUCUGCAAGAGAGUCAAUGAACACGGAGCCUUUUGGGGACUGAUCAUAGGAUUUCUGAUUGGGGUGUCCCGUAUGAUCGCCGAGUUUGCUUAUGGAACUGGGAGCUGCAUGGAACCUAGCAACUGCCCCACGAUUAUCUGUGGUGUGCACUACCUGUACUUCGCCAUCAUCCUGUUUGCCGUUUCUGUCGUCAUCAUCCUCCUCGUCUCCCUCUGCACCAAGCCCAUUCCCGAUGUGCACCUCUACCGCCUGUGCUGGAGCCUACGCAACAGCAAAGAGGAGCGGAUCGACCUGGAUGCCACCGAGGAGGAUGUCAAUGAAGCCCCAGAGGAGACCUUUGAAAUAGACGUGGCCGAGGAGAAGAAAGGGUGCUGCAGGAGGGCCUACGACAUGUUUUGUGGCCUGGACCAGCAGAAGGGCCCCAAGAUGACAAAGGAAGAGGAGGCCGCCAUGAAGCUCAAGCUGACCGACACGUCCGAGAAGCCUCUGUGGAGGACAGUGGUGAACAUCAACGGCAUCAUCUUGCUGGCCGUGGCCGUCUUCUGCCACGCGUUUUUCGCCUGAGUCCUGCCUUGGGCCGCCGACCGACCGCUCUCGUCAAGGCCAGACUGUUUACUCUGCCCCCUCUCCCCCCCCCCCCCCGCUAGUCCCAUCCUGGGGUGUUGAGGGGGAACCAGCCGGUUGUAAAUUUUGCCCAGUCGAUAAAUGUGUACAUGUGUCAUUAUAGGAGAGCCGGGCCAAGGUAACGAGUUUGCUGUGAACUUAGGUAUUUGAGGCCAGUGUGAGACAGUCAGCUGUGCGUAGCGUGUCAGAGCCGCGGGAGAAAAGUCCGCUCAUUGAUGGGAAUGCAGACUGAGAAACAAAACCCCCGCGAUGCCGGGGUCUCAGGUCCAUUGGGCGUGUCCACACUGUUUGUGACCCUUGACUAUUGGUUUCCAGAGUUGUGGCCUCCCUGGUUCCUGCCACUUUCUCUAUCGGAUCCCCCUUAUCCUUUUUUUUUUUUAAAGAAAGAUUUCACUCUUCAUCAUACCCCUGUCAAGUUGUUUUCUUGGCACAAGAAAAAUCAAUCCGGUAAACUGAUCACUCAUGGAAGCUGAGGGUGGGAGCUUGCUGGUUCCUAUCCUGGGUGCUUGUUCUUUGAAGGAGAGAACGGAAGGGGUGGGGGUGGGGCUGAGAGUAGUUCUUACCUCAAAGUGGCACAAAGCCAGAUGGAAGUAUUGCUGUCACAACGGAGGCAUUUUUUUUUUUUUUUUUUACCAUUUCGGAAGUUCAGAGGAAAGACCACAAACCGGCGACCGCCAGCAAGGCAACCUUUCAAAAGCAGUCAGUCAAGAAUAAUGAUGCUGAGCAAACCAUCCACAACUCUCAAGGCCCGUGUGUGUGUGUGGGGGGGGGGGGGGGAUAAUCUUGAGUCAAGAGGAUUUUCUGGUCUCCUUAAAAAUGUCCAGUGGGGGUGCCACGUGUUUGGGAUUUCCCUCACGCGGGCAUUCGCGGUGCCUGGAAUGUUCUAGCCCCUCGGCAACGUGUGUGUGGGCUGAAUGGCUAUUAUGGGCAUUAUUCAUGAACACAGGCUUUGUUUUGGGGUUAACCUUUUCCUGUGGCUGCACAAAGUACACUCUGGAGUGACUGUCAUGCAUUUCCAGGGGCCACUCUUCCUCAUGAUGUGGGUGUUGACAUGUUGACUGAGAAGCUGACUCUGUGUCAUAUCCCAGAGCAAAUGUGCCUCUUGGGGGGCGGGGGAUCCGUCAUCUCAAAGCCGCCACGCUGUCCUGAACUAUUGAGACGAUUAGCCUGAGAUCCUCCUCCCCGUGAGCUCACGUGACCACAGCCCUUACUCUUUCCAGUUGUCUAGACCGGCCAUCACCCAUUGACCAAGGUUAGGCCAGGUGGUCUCCGUUCGGGGGUGUGUGCUCCACACAUUUCGCUAAGCGGAGUGUAUUUCUCGUUGAACGUGUUUGUGUCCCAGGGAGAAGGUUUUAAAAUGCAAUGACUUUAAAUAGAAUUCCUUCCAUUCCACCUGUGAAAUCUCAACGAUAUGGUAAUAGAGUCUCCUGAACGUGCAGAAAAGGUCAGGAUGUUAGUUAGCAUGGACUGAUCUCAGGCGAGCUGAGAGAAGAGCUGGGGUCUGGGGCUGCACGGAGCUGAGAGUGGUCCCUGGGUGCAAAACGGCUCAGCAGGCGAAGGAGUGGCUUGCGUUUGUGGCAGGAACCCCAGAGGUCACUGUUUGCCGAGCCCUUCUGUGCCCCUAAAGCUAGGAAGGGGAGAGGGAAGCGUGGAGAGGUCCACGUGGCUGGCAUUGCUCGGCGCCCUCGGCUUUGUGUGGAGUGUGCGGUACUGUUGAGGUUGGAGAGGAUACAGGGCCAGGGUCGACGGCUGGCGGACGGCGUGGGCACGAAGCAGCUCCAUUGUCUUGGAUCCCGAGUCUGGCUUUGCUAAUGAUUCGUCGUGUCUGUUGUGAUAAAUUAUUUUGUCUCGACUGUGUAUUAUUUUCUCUUUGGAAAAACAGGAACCUUGGUGCUUAUAGUAUCUACCUACCUCCGCUGGGUGCGACGCGGUCGCGUGGAAACGGGAAUGGGAGAUACAUCCAGGAGAGAUGCCGUACGGGUGUCCUAUUAAACCGCAUUUGGUCCCCUAAUGAAAAUGUAUUACUUUGAUAAAAAUAAACACACCCAAAACCAUGA